CCGCGGGCAGCCGCCGCGCUUCCGGGUGCGGGCCCAGGAGGGCGGCGGGCCCGGCGCGGCGUGAGGGGCCGCGGGGCGGGCGGAGGACGAAGUUUCCCCGACCGGAUGUGAACGAGCGGACGGACGGAGCAGGAGGGAGCCGCGCCCGGACCAUGAGGCUCCGACUGUGGCUGGUCCCUGCCCUGGUGCUGCUGUGGGGGCCGGGCGGGCUGGAGGCGCUGGGGCGCCCGCCGCACCGGCUGCGCUACGACACAGUUGAGUCCAUGCUUUCAGACUACGACAUCCUUUCUCAGUCUAGCAUCCAGCAACACUCACUGAAGAAGAGGGACCUCCAGCCUGAGACACAUGUAGAGAGGCUCUUAAGUUUUUCAGCCCUGCAAAGGCACUUUAAAUUAUACUUAACAGCAACUGCUGAACACUUUUCAGAAAAAUUUCAAGCAUUAAUUGUGGAUGGUGAAGGCAAGGAAAAGAAGUAUCGUGUUCAGUGGCAAGACUUUUUUACCGGACAUGUCGUUGGAGAGCAUAAUUCCAAGGUUGUGGCACAUAUUGGGGAUGAGGAUUUUACAGUGAGAAUCAAUACUGAUGGAGAAGAAUACAAUGUUGAGCCACUGUGGAGAUUUGUAGAUAAUGUGCAAGAUGAAAGACUGCUGGUCUACAGAUCUGAAGAUAUUAAAGAUUUCUCAAGAUUGCAGUCCCCCAAAGUGUGUGGUUAUUUAAAGCUAAAUGAAGAAGAACUGUUGCCAAAAGGACUGGAAGACAGGAAGCAAAACGAAGCAAGCAUCCAUCGGAAGAAAAGAGCUGUUCCAGAGAGCUCCAAAAACACGUGCAAGAUGUUGGUAGUGGCCGAUCAUCGUUUUUUCAAGUAUAUGGGCCGUGGGGAAGAGAGUACCACUAUAAACUAUUUGAUUGAAUUGAUAGACAGAGUAGAUGACAUCUACCGAAAUACUUCCUGGGACAAUGGAGCCUUCAAUGGGUACGGCAUACAGAUAGAGCAGAUUAUCAUCCACAAUGAGCCAAAUAUUGUAAAACCUGGAGAAAAGCAUUACAAUAUGGCAAAAAGUUACCCAGAUGAUAAGAAAGAUGCCUGGGAUGUGAAAAUGCUGCUAGAGCAAUUUAGCUUUGAUAUUGCUGAGAAAGCAGCUCACGUGUGCCUUGCUCAUCUCUUCACGUAUCAAGAUUUUGACAUGGGAACACUUGGAUUGGCUUAUGUUGGCUCUCCCAGACCUAACAGCCAUGGUGGCAUUUGUCCUAAAGCUUACUAUAGUCAAACUGCAAAGAAGGACAUCUAUCUGAACAGUGGCUUAACCAGCACCAAGAACUAUGGGAAGACCAUCCUCACAAAGGAGGCUGACCUGGUUACAACUCAUGAACUCGGACAUAAUUUUGGAGCAGAGCAUGAUCCUGAUAGUCUGCCAGAAUGUGCCCCCACUGAAGACCAGGGAGGGAAAUAUGUUAUGUAUCCAAUUGCUGUCAGUGGAGAUCAUGAAAACAACAAGAUGUUCUCAAGCUGCAGCAAAAAAUCCAUCCAUAGGACCAUAGAGAUCAAGGCCCAGGAGUGCUUCAAAGAGCGCAACAACAAAGUGUGUGGGAACUCCAGAGUGGAUGAAGGGGAAGAAUGCGAUCCUGGCCUCUUGUACCAACAGGCUGAUCCCUGCUGCUCUGCAGACUGUAAACUGAAAGAUGGUGCCAAAUGCAGUGAUCGGAACAGUCCCUGCUGUAAAGGCUGUCAGUUUGAAAGUGCACAGAAGAAAUGCCAAGAAGCCAUAAAUGCCACUUGUAAAGGAGAGUCUUUUUGCACUGGGAACAGCAGUGAGUGCCCCCCUCCAGGGAAUGCUCCAGAUGACACAGUCUGCGUGGACAUGGGAAAGUGCAAGGAUGGGGAGUGUGUCCCUUUCUGCGAGAGGGAGAAGAACCUACGGUCAUGUGCGUGCAAUGAAACGGAUAAUUCCUGCAAGGUGUGCUGCCGGGACGAGCAGGAUAGGUGCAUACCGUAUGUUGAUGCUAACGACCAGUUCUUGUUCCUGCGCAAGGGGAAGCCUUGCACUGUGGGCUUCUGCGAUACAAAUGGCAAAUGUGAGAAGCAAGUACAGGAUGUGAUUGAACGAUUUUGGGAUUUCAUAGACCAACUCAGCAUCAAUACUUUUGGGAAGUUCCUAGCGGAUAAUAUAGUGGGCUCUGUGCUUGUCUUCUCCUUGCUUUUUUGGAUUCCUCUCAGCAUCCUUGUGCACUGUGUGGACAAGAAACUGGACAAGCAGUACGAGGAGAACACAAAGUCCUUGUUUUGCCCCAGUAACGUGGAGAUGCUCAGCAGCCUGGACUCUGCCUCCGUUCGAAUCAUCAAGCCCUUCCCCACGGCGCAGUCGACAAGCCGGCACCAGCCUCUGCAGCCCAUCACAGCUGUGCCUGCUGUCGCUGCGGCACCCAAACAGGACCACCAAAGAAUGGACACUAUUCAGGAGGACCCGAGCACCGACUCUCACAUUGACGAGGACGGGUUUGAGAAGGACCCUUUCCCAAAUAGCAGCUCAGCUGCCAAAUCUUUCGAGGACUUGACAGACCAUCCUGUCAUUAGGAGUGAGAAAGCUUCGUCCUUUAAACUACAGCGCCAGAACCGGGUGGACAGCAAAGAAACAGAAUGCUAGUGUCUUGCUGCCUUCUAAACAUGACUUGUGUCUGCAAAACAAGGAUCUAAAACCAUUUCAUUUAUAUAAAUAUAAAUAUAUGUAUAUAUAUUUUUGUGAGGGAGUGGGAGAAAUAAGGAAGUGACCUACUGCAGAUGCUGGUCAUGUGUAUGACCUUCCUUAAAUUACAUUUAUUAGAGCAUUAUAUCUUUUAAAAAGGAAAAUCCAAACUAAAACUGGCUUGUUUUUGAAGCUUAUUGGAUUUGUUUUUCUAUUCCCUUGACCUUCAACAUUUCCUUCAACCUGUGGUGCAAAACCAAAUAUCCUGCUGGAUAUUGGAUUGUGUAUAUCAGCCUUUUUUAUAAUUUAAUAUUUUGUAGUCUGACAGCACUGAUAAACAAAAUUAAGGGGCUUUUAAAAACAAAAUGAAAACACUGCAGUAUGUUCCAUAUAGAGUAGAUCAUUUAGCAAUUUAAGGUACAUGUAAGGAAAGCCUAAACAGGUGACUUCAGAACAACGUGAGAGUAAUGAAACAGAUAAAAAUAGUUGCACAGCAUUGAAUGAAGAUGUGCAAUUGGAAUCAAGCAGCUUAAGAUAUACAGCUUCUAAAUAAGUAAAAGGAUCAUAGAGAGGCUGUUAAAAAUGAAAUGCUCCUCUAGCAUGAAACUCUUUUGCCUCUAGUACUGAGGUUGUCUUUGUCUUCGUGGCAGAGAAAGGCUUUCCUUGGGAGUUCCCCACUCUGCACGAAGAGGCUUGCAUGUUGCAGGUGUCUGGUAGAAGGAAGUUUAAGGGGAGAAAUCAUUUAUGCGGAUGAGGACUGCUUUAACAAACUGUUUACAGCAGUUGUUUUGGUGCAGAAAUGUUUUUCUGAAUGUUAUUUUGAAAUGGGUAACACUAUUGUUGAGAUGUUCAAAGAGCUGAGCCUCAGUUUUCAGGGUCUGUGCGGCCUUUGGAAGCUCCUACUGCAUAAAUAAAUGGUGGGGGGGGAAAUUCACUCCACUGCAGGGGGGGCAUUUGUUUAAAAACAAUUGUGAAUUUAAUGAAAAAAGAAGGAAACUUUUGUUAAACUUACAGGGCAAGUAUUGGGAGGAGACUUCAUGACUUCAAAUACCCACACAGUACAAUGUGAUGUUAAAAGUUGGUAAUCUAAUGGUGUCCUCUACUUUGAUUCACCUGGAGAUCUGCAAGGCAAGCUGGGAAUGGCACUUGAGUGUUGUUUUAGCUUAGUAGCAGAUGGACUGACACAGCGGAGUCACAGAGCAACACUUGUGAUAGUAAAGCAGCAUCUUAAGUCUGCAUUGGUUUUCUCCCAUGAUCUGUUGAUAAAACUGACAUAAAAUGUGACCAACAGUAGAACCAUUUUAACUGUUAGAAGCCUGCUCUCAGCUACAGGGGAACUGCAGCUGUGGAAAAAAAAGCCUUUGUGUUUUUAAAUGUGAGGGGAAAGGAACCAAACCUGUGCUGAAAGGAUUGCGGGAGUACGCCCCCCCCCCCCCCCCCAAGGAUACUUGUUACACUAAUACUUGAACGUGUGCCUUAUGGUAUUUGUAUCUGACUAGCUAUUGUGUUUUAUGUACUGGUUUUGAACUUUGGGGUUUGUUUUGUUUUGUUUGGGUUUUCUUUUUUUGAUUCAGUGCAAAGUAUAUGUGUGAGGAGUUAAUUUAAUUCCCCAUACAAUAAAAGCUUUUUAUAUUAAAAAAAAAAAUUAGUUAAACAAGA